AUGGCCUUUGGAGGCUGCCGCGCGCGCCAAGGAAUCAACCUGCACGUCGCUGUCGUGCAGGACGUGGGAGCGGGAACACGACCGUGUACCAGCUACGUACAGCUUUUUAACCAUACGUUGCAAAUAUGGAGGCUAAAAAUCAGGCCACGUCUGGCUUAUCCGGCUAACAAACUCCAUCUGGCUAACAAACUGCGUCCGCUAUCCCCUCAACUCUCUUUUGAACAGCAAGUCUUCUUUUCUUUUCUUAAACUAGAUAGAAGACGGCGGAGACGAAGGUCCGCUUCCGUCCGGCUGGCCGCAAUUCCUUUGACAGUCCCAGAUUGUUUUCAAUCCCUCACAAGAUGCACCUCCGUGUUGGCAAGUAUUGACUCCUCCAAUUGGGUGCAGGGAGACGGGGACACUAGGAUACGGUCUGGAUCGAAUCUUCCUUGGAUACUAUCUCUCGUUGCAGACUGCGUACCUCGGGGUCAUCUCUUCACCUUGAUGGAGGAAGUCACGACACCAUCUUCGUCUGAGUCAUGUAGAAUGCCUUUAUCACAGUUGGCCAAAAAACAUCUAUUUGAACCUGAUACUAGUGAGCUAGCCAAUCCAGUGAUUACGAAGUUAGGCGUACCACACGGCCAUCCUGAGCUUGGACCACGUGGAUGGACGGCAGGGCCAUCUUUCUCAGCUCGUUGUUAUCAACCUCCCGCACCUGGGCCCAGACUUGAUGAAGCUUCAACCCUUGGGACACAUAUGAUAUCCAAAGGUUUAGGCUGGGAGAAUCAUGAGGUUGAAUACGCUCCAAUGCCUCUUGGAUAUCUUGAAUGGGGUACUAAUGUCUUGAAGAAAUAUCAUACCCAUCUGAAGGGGAGUGAGGAAGGUGUGGAUUAUGUCUAUGGAGCCAUUUAUUGCUCUUUAGGCGACUACUCUGUCUCCCCUUCUCUUUUAAGGUCUUUAUUGGAGAGAUGGGAUCCCAACACCAACACGUUUUUGUUCUCGUCUGGCGAGCGUACAGUCACACUUCUUGAUAUGCAUCAGAUCGCGGGGUUGCCCCUUGAUGGUGAACCUUAUGAAGAAUAUGUUCCCCUAGCUGAUGAGUUGGAUCCUUCGACUCUUUUGUACCCCAACUUCCUGCCUCGGCUCCUAAAAAUUUGGACCAAGCUUGCCGUGGGUGGCAAAGUAGGUUUCAAGGAAUGGUGCGACUUCUUUCACAAUAGUGGAGUAAACUCCUUUGCUACCGAGAGCUUAGAAGACCAGUGCGUGUACACUGCGGCUUUUCUUGCCAUAUGGCUUUGCCGCUACGUCGUUGUUGGUGGUGGGCCAUAUAUUCGCCCUGGGGUAUUAGUGAUGGCGGCAUGGAUUUCCCUAGGACGACGCAUCUCUUUGGGCCCACCUGCUCUUUGCUCCCUUUAUUACUCACUUCGGCGAAUUUGUACUCAUCCGAUUGGCCCUUCAUUCAUACAUAGGAUUUGGCCAGUCCACUACCUUGCUGGAUGGAUGGGCGUGUACCUCAAGAAACCCUAUGGAAACAGAGCAAGAACACCAAAUUUUCCGAGCUCCAGAAUUUUGGCGGUACAACCUAAUAUGGUGAACACCAUGUUUAAGACGCCACGUCAUUUUACUCCUAAAGAGGCACAUGCUUUCCUCGAUGACUAUAAGAAUAUUGCUUGGAACCCCCAUUCUCUCACUAUGGAAGGUGUGUUCAAACCCAAGAGGGCUUUCUUAAUUUCCAUUCGUCGAGGCAUGCUGCCAUGGAGGCGUGGUACUAUCACCGCCGACGUGUGUAUAGCUGAACCAUAUCACCCAGAUCGAGUGGCACGACAGUUUCGUCUUGACCAAGUUGUUCCCUUUUCUCCUCUAGCGAGCCUGUAUACUCAAGAUGAAAUUGGAAUCGCCUAUGCUUUUUGGUCACACCUAUUAUCCUUGGCCCCUGAAGAAUUCCACUAUUUUCCUGAUGAUGAUCGAGUUGGGAACACCUCUAUAGCAUGGGCUAAUUGGUGGAAAAAAUUUCUAAAGCCUUUCGCCGACAUUCUGGACCAUCUUUGCAAUGGCAACAUGACUGGGAAGACCCCUUAUGAUGUAAGGAUAAAAAAUAAGCGUGCACUACAACACAACAUCAGGCCUCGACCAUUGUCUGACAAAGAUUUUAUGGUGGUGAGGAGAGUACCUAUUGAGCACCGUGACCAACAUGUUCAGUCCCUUGAGAAGGCAGAGACACCUAUUACAGAUCAAUGGAGACUGGUCCUCUAUAAUUAUUUAAAUGAUGUUGUUGCUGCUCAACCGGUGAAGUCUAAAGAGCUACGGCGGGGCAAUGUACUGAAACAGAAUGCCCUAGCUGGGUCCUCCUCUGCUCAUCCGCUAUCAGCGGAUAAUGAUAUAUCAGACACUGCCCCAUCCGCUAGCGGAAAAAGACACAGACAAUCUACAGCGCCUCACGUGGAACAAGAAGAAAGGCUGCCCUCAAAGCGCAAACUUGAUUUCGGCCAAGAAUCCAAUUUUUCAGAACCAACAACAUUGGAUGGUCCGUCAUUAGAUGUUGAACUCAGUAACUUUGUUAGUGAAGAAGAUUUUGGCCAUGUCCUCAUGGGAGAAAAGGACCAUGGCCUUGGUGACCUCUUCAAUUUAUCUGCCAUAAUUGAGGACUUAUCUGCCGUAGAAAAGAAGUGCACUGAAAUGGAGGCACGUGAAGCAGAGUUGAAGGCCCAGUUUGAAGAGGUUACUGCUACUUUGCACAGGCUUAAGUUGGAAAUGGAACAACGCCGACAAGCACAUGAUGCCCAUAAAUCUGAACAGGAGAAGUUGGUGAAGAGUGUACAGGAUACCAAUGCUGGCAAACGUGCAAGGCUUGCUGAAUUUAAACAAAAGACAGCAGAUUUAAAGACUGAAGCAAGUCAGUUGUUGAACAGCCUGCAGAACUGGCGAGCUCUUUGA